GCUGUGCGCAAACCCCGGCGGCGGCGACGAGCUGUAACGAUGUUAACGGUUGUGAUGGUUCUUUUUUUUUCUUUCUUUUUUUUUUUUUUUUUUUUUAAAAAAAAAAAAAUAAAAUUCCCGAUGUUUCUAACCGUACCACUUCUGGCCUCUCUUGAGAGCAUCCCUGUUUGGGGGGGGGGGGGGAGGGUACCCCAUGCCCCCCCCCCGGGAGGGAGCCCCCCGGCGGGGCGGGGGGAGCUGUGGGGCUGGAUCCCUCUGUCCUGCGCUUUCAGGGUGCGGGUGCACCCCGGCCCCCCGCCCCCCCCCCCCCUUUCAGGGCUGCGCUCCCGGGUAUGGGGGGGAAGGGCCCGAUCCAGCCCUCCCCUCCUCUUCCCACGCGGUGUCCGUGUCCCGCGUGUCGGCCCGCCCCCGCCGCUCCCGUCCCGGCCCUUUCUGGGCCGGCUCCAACUUCCCGGCCCGGGCGGCGGCGGCGGCGGCGGCAACGCGGGGAGCGGCGGGGGGGGGGACACACCGGGGCGGGGGGGGGAGCUCGGCUCUGAGCUCCGCUCCCGUUGGCGGAUGGCGGCGGGGGCUGCGCGGGGCCGGGCGGCGGCGGCGGGGCCCCCCCGGCGCUCGGAGCCGCGGCCCGGCCCGGAGCGGGGAGCGGGCGGGCGGCGCGGCCCGGCCCGGCGGUAGCGGAGCCGGCGGCAGCUCGCCAUGGCUGACCCCAGCCACAUCCAGUCGGCCGCCUCCAAGAGCAUCCGCCCGUUCCGCUCCAGCGAGGAGUACCUGGAGGCCAUGAAGGAGGACCUGGCCGAGUGGUUCAACACCCUCUACGACCUGGACAUCCAGGUGGAAACCUUCCUGGAGAGCCUGGAGACGGGCUGCCACCUCUGCCGCCACGCCAACAACGUCAACCGCAUCGCCCUGGACUUCCAGCGGCGGCACCCCGAGGUGGCCGCCCCGAUGCGCGUCCCUCGCAACGAGGUCGUCUUCCAAGCCAAGAACGUGGUGCCCGGGUCCUUCAUCGCCCGGGAUAACGUCUCCAACUUCAUCCAGUGGUGCCGGCAGGACCUCGGCAUCCAGGACGUCCUCAUGUUCGAGACCAAUGACUUGGUGCUGAAGAAGAACGAGAAGAACUUUGUCCUCUGCUUGUUGGAGGUGGCCAGGAGGGGCUCCAAGUUUGGCAUGCUGGCCCCCAUGCUGAUCCAGAUGGAGGAGGAGAUCGAGGAGGAGAUGAGGGACCAAAUGGCCUACGGCAUGCUGGGCACACGCCAGGAGAGCCGGGACCCCCAGGCGCCCGCCUACCCGCCCAGGGCCCGGCCCAUCGCCCUCUGCGACCUGAAGAACCUGGACGAGCUGGUUCGGGAAAUCCUGGGCUGCUGCUCCUGCCCCUCCCAGUUCCCCAUGGUCAAGGUCUCCGAGGGGAAAUACAAAGUGGGCGACUCCAGCACACUUAUCUUCGUCCGAGUGCUGAGGAGCCACGUGAUGGUGCGUGUCGGUGGCGGCUGGGACACACUGGAACAUUACCUGGACAAGCACGACCCGUGCCGCUGCUCCUCCCUCUCUCACCGCCUGCCCCCACCCCGCACCCCGAGCUUCUCCCCUGCGGCCUGCGCCCCCAGCCCCAGCCCCCCCCGCCGCUCCCGCGCAGCCGGGGCCCCUCCGGGCCCCCCCGGCAGCCGCCAGCCCCGGGCUGUCGGGGACACCGGCAUCCCGAAGCCGCCAUCCAGCGCCAAGCAGGAGGGUUUGCCCCCCCGGGGGGGCCUGGGCUCCCUGUCCGGCUCUGCCAGCCCUUCGCGGAGCCCUGCUGAGCCCCGAGCAGCCAGCGCACACAGGUCCCGGGACCCCGCUCCCACCCGCUCCCGCCGCUGCUCGGGCGACAGCGACUCCUCGGCCUCCUCCGCGCAGAGCGGCCCCCCGGGCCCGCGGGACGGGGGGACCCCCCGCCGCCGAGACCCCGGCCGGGGGGUCCCCCCUCAGCCUCCCCACGAGGCCGGCCGGAUGGCACCGGAGGAGCGCGGCCGCUCGCGGGUGCCCAACGGGCCGGGCCGUGCCCCGCCGCGGGCCCGUAGCCACGGCCGCCCCGGCCCCCAGCCCCUGCUGCUCAUCAGCCGCCGGCGCGACGGGCAGCACUCCUGGGCGCGGGCAGAGACCCCCUCCCGGCCCGCCAGCCCUGCCCGCAGCCGGACCCCCUCCCGCCCGGCCGCCCGCAGCCCCGCGCCCACCCCUCGCCGCUCCUCCCUGGAGGAAAGCGCCGGGGGGCGGCGGGGAGGGGGUCCCGGGGAAGCCCCCCAGGGCGGCGGGGCCGGGGACGCCUGGCAGCGGGAGCUGGAGGAGCUGGCGCGGCGGCUGCGGGCCCCGCUGCGGCUGGAGCCCGGCCAGGAGCAGCAGCUCUUCCGCCGGCUGGAGGAGGAAUUCCUGGCCAACACGCGGAUGAUGGAGGAGCUGGAGAACGGGGAGACCCCCCCGGCCCCCCCGCCGCCCCCCGCCGCCGCCGACUCGGCCUACUGCUCCUCCAGCUCCUCCUCGUCCUCCCUCAACGUCUUCGCCAAGCACGGCCUCCCCGCCGAGGACGGCCGGCGGAGCGGCAACGGGGGCGGCCCCCCGGCGACGGCGACCCCCGAGAUGGCGGGCGCGGGGCGCCGGCCGGCCCUCUCCAGCUCCUCGGACGAGAGCAGCUGCUUCCCGACCUCCUGGGACGCCCGGGGGGGCCCCGAGUCCGACACCGACUGGGCGCCGGGGGAGGACGAGCUGACGGAGACGGAGGAGCCCCCCGCCGUGGCUGGCGUGCCGGGGGUCCCCGCGCCGCCCCCGCGCCCCUGGGCCAAGCCCCGGCUGGACACGCAGCCCCACAAGAAGCCCUCCAGGAUCCCCACCCCACGGGGCUACGGGGCGGCCGCCCCCCCCCAGCCCCAGGCCGGCGGCCCCAAACCCGGGGAGCGCAAGCCCUGGGGGGCUCUGCAGAGCGUCCUCUCCUCCUUCCUGGAGCCCGCCUGGGUCCCGCGGGAGCGCGAGGGGCUGGACGAGGACGCGUGGCCAUGAGACGCC